AUGGCGCCAGCUGACGUGACUUUGCACAAUGUUGGGCGAGCACGAGAAAACAUAAAGCAACGUUACGACAGGCAUAUUCAUAAAAAUCCAACGUACAACGUUGGAGAUUUAGUUCGUAUCAGUAAGAUGAGAAGUGUCUUUGCCAAAGGUUAUGAAAGCGGUUGGACUUUAGAGUUGUUUAGAAUCGUACGCACGCGGCAACCUCCAGUAUAUUUUCUCAGAGAUUUGUCUGACGAAGACGUUGACGGUUUUUUUUACGAGGAAGAGUUAAGCAGAAUACGAAAGGAAUUGAACGAGAGCUUCUUCGAGGUUGACAAGAUAUUGAAAAGUCGAGGUAAAGGACGCUCUAAAGAAUAUUCCGUCAGCUGGAAAGGAUAUCCUGAAAAAUUGAAUUUCUGGGUGAAGAGUAAUUAUUUAAAAGAUAUAAAAAAUGAAAGACGAAUUUUACGUUGUGUUGCCUAG